UCUCCCCUCACCACGGUGCAGAUACCAGAUUCCGAAACGGAGUCAGCGAGAUUCCAGUUAGGGUAGGCUAGGACGGGACACCUUAAACAAGAUGGCGCUUCCCCUGUUGCCAGCUAAAGUGACGGUCCGAUAGUGCAAUGACUAUUGAAUAUCUCCUAGGGAAUAUAGCAAGGAUUCUGGAUAACUCUGUGCAGCCUAUUACGUCAUAUUGCAUUGAUCUACUCUAAAGACAGAGCAAGAGCAUAACUUGACUUGGAGACUAAUAUUGCCCUGGACGAAUGCCAGGGUAUGUGUACAGUCAGAGACAAAACCGAAAACGAUGUAUCCUAAAUAACCGAAUCACGUCGAUAAAGCAGCGCGCCGCGGUGUUCUCUUUUCUGGCUCAUCAUCAUCAAACUGGUUGGAUGACGGAGAAGGAAAGCGUGGGACGGGAGAUACAACUAUGCCUAUCUAUCGUUUUUAAUCGUACGCCAGUCAAGUGAAUGGCAGCGGUAUCAAAUUGAAAAACAAAAACCGACGGGAAUGUUUGUCAACAUCUGUGUAUUGAUCGGAUGUGAAGGAUCAGACAGAACAGCGCGCGCACUGCGUCUCAGGGGUGUCAAGGUGAAAUAGCUAAAAAUGCAGUGUUCGAUUUGACUAGCAUACAAUCCUUCGGCUAAAUGUGCUUUAGUCAACAUCUGAUAUAUUUCCAUGUUGUAUUUUGGUAAACCCUGCCUGCUGCCGUCUCAAGCCUGAAGAGGAGGGAGGAUGUUCGUGGCUCUCUCUGUGAUGGUCAUGUCUUCAGCCUUCUUUAAUCCCAGUUUUGCCUUCAGUUCCCAUUUUGACUCAGACGGCGCUCCGCUGAGUGAGCUGUCGUGGCCGUCCUCUCUGGCGGUGGUGGCUGUUUCCUUCUCUGGGCUCUUCACCUUCGUCUUCCUCAUGCUGGCCUGCCUCUGCUGUAAGAAGGGACACAUCGGGUUCAAAGAGUUUGAGAACACAGAGGGAGAGGAGUACCAGGCGGACCUGACCUCAUCUCAUAAUGGACCUGAAGUCUACAUCCUCCCACUCACUGAGGUCUCCCUGCCCGUCUCCAAACAGCCCGGACGAUCCAUCCAGCUGUUGAAAUCGUCAGAGCUGGGUCGCCACAGUCUACUCUAUGUGAAGGAGAUAGGACAUGGUUGGUUUGGCAAGGUUCUCCUGGGGGAGGUGAAUGCAGGGCUCAGUGCCACCCAGGUGGUGGUCAAGGAGCUGAAGGCCAGUGCCAGUGUCCAGGACCAGAUGCACUUCCUGGAGGAGGCACAGCCAUACCGUGUCCUCCAGAACCCAGCCCUACUGCAGUGCCUGGCACAGUGCUCAGAAGUCACACCCUACCUACUAAUCAUGGAGUUCUGUCCUCUGGGCGACCUGAAGAGUUACCUGCGCAGCUGUCGGGCGGCUAACUCCGUGACCCCUGAUCCCCUGACCCUCCAGAGAAUGGCAUGUGAGAUCGCCUCGGGCCUGCUGCACCUGCACAAACACAACUUCAUUCACAGUGACCUGGCCUUAAGGAACUGCCUUCUGACCUCAGAGAUGACAGUAAAGAUAGGAGACUAUGGCCUCUCACACAGCAAAUACAAGGAUGACUACUUUGUGACCCCAGACCAGAUCUGGGUGCCGCUGCGUUGGAUCGCCCCAGAGCUCAUAGACGAGGUGCAUGGUAACCUACUGGUGGUGGACCAGACCAAGGAUAGCAACGUCUGGUCUCUGGGUGUGACUAUCUGGGAGUUGUUUGAGCUGGGGAACCAGCCGUACAGACACUACACUGACAGACAGGUCCUGACCUACGCUGUGAAGGAACAGCAGCUCAAACUGACCAAGCCCCGGCUCAAAGUACCCCUGGCUGAGCGCUGGUAUGAAGUGAUGCAGUUCUGCUGGCUGCAGCCAGAGCAGAGACCCAACAGUGAGGAGGUACACCUCCUCCUCACCUACCUAUGUGCCAAGGGGGCCAGUGCGGUCCAGGAGGACUUUGAACAGCGCUGGAACUCCCUGAGACACAACCUGACUGGCAGCUCCACCCACAGCCACAACGCCCCAGCCCACACCACUGUCCCUGCCCCAGCCCGACCAACUAUCCCUGGGGAUGUGAAGUUGGAGCCGGCCUCCACCUCCCGCAACUCCUUCCCCCUUCUAGAACACUUCUCCCAGGACAGCUUCCACUCCGACAGCGGUGACGACAUCCUGACCGUGACAGAGACCAGCUACGGGGGGCUCAACUUUGAGUACAAGUGGGAGCAGGCGAGAGCCGAGCAGCCAUACUGUUCCUCAUCUACCAGCGGGCCUCUGGGCCAGGGCAACCCACACUACCAGGACGUAUACUACCCCGUCAGGAACACCUCGACCUCGGGCAGCUGUAAAGGGGAUGGAGGGGGUGGAGGGCUCACUCUGGAUGUCUCCCCAUCCUACUACGAGUCGGACCACUCCGGGUCAGGGUCAGGGUCGGGGGUAGGGGUGGUGCCGGUGUUGAGCGCCCACAGCCCUUCGGUCGGCAGUGAGUACUACAUCCGUAUUGAGGAGCCGGUGGAGUGUAAUAUCAACCUGGAUGGUAGUGUGGUGGACUACAGCCCCGGGUUGGAGGCUGAGGCUGGUAGCCUCUCCUCAGGGAGCAGGACCCCAAAGCCCCAGCCCCAGCCCCAGCCCCAGUCAAGUGCCAACUGGCCAGCAGCAGCAGCAGGCGACAGCAGCGGGGAUAAACACAGUACCAAUGACUCUGACAAUAGCCCGGCCGUGUCCCUGACCAUGGAGCCUCUACUGAGACAGACAGCCAGCACUGCCAGUCCUGUGGAGCUGGGGCGGUCCCAACAGUACUUCUCACCCAAUCAGAGACAGGCUUUCUACUGUGAGCAGUCGCCCAUUCGAGAGACGUGUUGCCAAUCACCAGAGGACACACCCAUAGCGUCCCAGCGGAACCUGCGUCAUCCAACGGGGAGGCUGGAAACCCCUCUGGGGGUGGGGUCCUCCCACUCCCAGUGCCUGAGUAGUCCUAGUCUGGGACACUGUGACCCCUAUCUCGAGGCUAGCCAAGGCUUCACCACCACAGCCAGGAGUACGGUUAGUGAAGGCUACUAUGACAUGAUGGCUCCCCUCAGAAAGACUCUACCCAUGGCUAACCAUAUUAGUAUCGAUGUGGUGACAGGCAACGGGGGACUUUUGGUGGGGGGCAGGAGAAGAGGAGAAGGGGACACUGGGGACAUCAACGAUGGUGACCUCUUCUCCGAGAGAGAAGCCACCAACUGGACCUCCAACCACUCGGCCAAUAACAACAGCAUGACCUUUGACCUUAGGCAGACGGGCCAAUCACAGGACAGCUAUCUGGACCUCCAUUACAUCAACACUGCAACACACUCCGCUACUGUAACAGACUCGUGGCCUGCUGCUACGGCUAACAGUAGCAACAUGCUCCAACACAGCUCCAGAGCCUUUGGCUACAUGGAGGCCACAGGGAGAGAGAGCGGCGUCUGCUCUUCCUCUAGCAGGCUCAGUGAGGGCAGUAGUGCUACUACAUAUAUUCACCUGUGCCACGGAGCUAGAGAUGAACCUGUGUGUCUCUCUGUUGUCACAGACCACUCUACCCUAGAUCAUCUAAGAGGUGUUCCUGUUGACUCUCUCUCCAGCUCUUCUGUUGCUGUCAAGAAUGUUAACCUCAAAGGUGGUGUUAAGGACUGCGUCCCCACCACCAAAACUACAACUACAGUGUCUGUAGUGGGACACAGUAAAACCCCAUCUCUGCUCACAGGAGAGAGGCAGUUCUCCCAUCCCAAGAUGAUCCCAGAACCAGGCUGUAUCCAAUCCCCAUCCACAUACAUGGAGCCUGACACUCGCACAGGCCUCAGCACUAAGGCAGUCCUGACAGAGAAACAGGGAGGUCAUGUUUGGGAGAUACCUUCACAUGUUAAAGACAUUAGAGGUCCAGUGGCGGUGAUGUCUGGUGGUGUGGGGGAGAGGAGGCUGGGGAUGGGGUUGGCCCACCCUGAAGGGGUACUGCUGGAGCCGGUCGGGUCCUUGUUUGAGGCUAGCAGAGGGCUGGACAGCGGGUUGGAGAUGGCCAGUCAUUCCAGCAUCAGCCAAGUGGACAUCAGCGACGAUGACAUCAUAGACAUCACUUCUGGAAUCUUGGCCAAAUUUUCCCUGGACUAUGCUGACGAGGUCGGAGACGAUAUCAGCCCCGCCCACCACCGCCACGGACACUCCCUGCAGAACCCGGUGGGAACCUCAGACUCUGUGGACACCCUGAACAUGCUGUCGCUGUCGUCGUCGGUUACCGCAGCCAGCCCCUGUGAGGCCUUCAGCCUUGAUGACGUCUUUCUCCAUACCUCCUCCUCCCUCUCCUCCUCUUUCACUUCCUCUUCUUUCACUUCCUCAUCCCUCCUUCCCAAGUCCCUGGACAGCGGCUACGACACAGAGAACAAUGAAAGCCCAGAGUUCAUCCUAAAGGAGGGAGGUGGGAACGGGGAGUUCCUAUUGGACUGCGUAGGAAACCACCACCAACAACAACAACACCCAGUCCUCGGUGGGAGCCACCUCGCUCGCAGUGGGGUUUGCCUGGGGUCGAGAUCGGACGAGAUGGUCCUUCAGCAGGUGGACCUGGGUGAUGGGGUUGGGGUCUCUCUGUGUACCUCUUCCUCCUCUGGCUGCACUGAGCUGCAGCUGAAGGGAUUGAGUGACAAGAAUCCGUACAUGGACUCUGCCUACUUCUCUGACUACGAUGUAGAGAACGAGAGGAGUCCCCAGGAUGAAGGGAGUAACUUCUUCUCCAGUCCAGGAGAUAAGCAGGUCUUUGUGGGGCACACAGCCUCGAAACAGACAAUAAGGUCUGUGGGGAGAGAUGAACUCCAACCACAGACGGAGAGAGAGGAUGGUUACCGUGACCUGACAGACCUGACAGGAAACAAAAACAGAAACACAAAUGGAGUGGUGGUGUUUGACACUACCACAGGUUCCCCUCCCCCCUCCUCUCCCUCUUCCUCGGCCCCCGGCCCGCGCCUCUCCAUGCUGGCCCCCUUCCCCCCUCAGAUGGGGGGCUGCCUGGCCAAAGAAUCAGCCCCUGACGAAGCUGUAGGCCUGGAGUCUGAGCACAGCGGAGAGGAGCCGGCAUCUGGGUGCAGCUCCACCAUGGUGUCUGAGGGUUCCUCCAUGGUGCAGGAGGCUUCAGCCAGACACCCCAACCAGGAGAACCAUCACAGGGCCUCAGAGGAUGACUACUCCCCCAUCCAGUCCCUGGGCUCCGACUCUACCAUAGACUACAGAGAGGAGGUGAAGAAAGAGAAGGAGGAGGAUGGGGAGGGAGAGGAGGACAUGCCAGAGUUUAAUCACGUCGAAGAGGAUGGAGAGAAUGGAGAGAGAGGAGGAGAAGAGGAGGAGUAUGAGGAGGGGGAAGAAGAGGAGGAGGAGAAGGCGGGCUAUAGCGGACACCAGAACGGUCCUGUUGGCCUCCUCACCUCCUCUCCGUCGCUCCUCUCCUGCUCCCCCUCCCUCCAGGAGCUGUGUCGGGAGGUGGAGAGGCGAGCUCCUCUAACGGAGGGGGAGGAGGAGGAGUCAGAUGACAGUGAGUCAGACGAGGAGCUGCGGAGCUACAACCUGCAGGAGGAGCUGAGCGAGGAGGACAGUGAGGGGGAGGUGAUGGGGGUGCCGGUGGUGGUGAGCGAUAGCAGUGGGGCCAGAAACCUCCGCAGCCUCCUCAAGAUGCCCGCGCUCCUCACACAGUCCUUCUGCGACGAGCUGCACAGGAAGAAGAAAGCCGUGUCCUUCUUUGAUGACGUCACCGUCUUCCUGUUCGACCAGGAGAGCCCCACAGGAGAGCUGGCUGACUUCACGUUUCCCCCAGGAGCAGAGUUCAGCGGCCAGGCCUCGGGCGGGGAGAACCCACAACCGGACCUCCAGCCCCACCCCACCAUGGGUCACCACCUCCACCCCCCGGAGAGGGCACCACACGCCUCAGAGGACUCUGAUGGCAACAUGUCAGAAGAAGGUGGAGGGUUUGAGUGGGAGGAUGACAUCCCAUUGAUGACCAGCCCGUUGUCCAGCCCGUCUACAGCUGAGCCACCGGUCUCCGAUCCCAUCCCGGUCCCCAUCCCUAUCCCGGUCCCUGCUGCCAAGCCUCCCGAGGACAAGCCGGUAGCAGCAGCAUCACAGUUCCCCCGUUUCAGCGUGUCCCGCUCCCGCUUCUCCAUCACACACGUCCCCAACCCAGACAUCAACUCAGCCGGAGGUCAGUCCUGGGAGCAUUGAAGAAGGAGAGAGGGAGUGGAAAAAGGAGUGAAGAGGUCUUCUCCAUGACAGGAGGAGGGUGUAUACCUCCUCUCCUAGUAUGACUACCAGGUGUUCAGACCUGGGAUCUCCAGCACCUGUUGACCCCUGUAUGAGCCAGUGCCUCAUAUCAUAGUGAAACAACAGCUACGUCCCGAAUGACACCCUGUUCCCUAUGGGCCCUGGUCAAAAGUAGUGGAAAACAUAUGGAACAGGGUGCCAUUUGGGACGCAGACAAACACCUUAAACGGUUCCUUCUCUUAAUUUUGUAUUAUUACUCCAGAGAGCGCGAGAGACAGACAGACAGAGAGAGACAGAGAGACAGACAGACAGAGACAGACAGACAGACAGACAG